AUGCAGCAGAGUCAGCAUCAGCAGCAAGAGCAGCAGCAGCAGCAGCAGCAGGAGGAUGGAGAGGAGUGCAGCAACAAUGUAACAAAAGAACCUCUUGCUGUAGACUGCGGCGAAUGGGCCCCAUAUGAAGUGGGCUCGCACCACGGGCUGCUGCAGCACGCGCAAAGCAGCACCGGCCUGAGCAUGCUAUCUGCUGCUGUUGCACCGCCACCUCCGCAGCAGCAGCAGCAGCAGCAGCAGCAGCAGCACUUGCUGCAGCAGCAGCGUGAAGGCGAUCGUCUACCUGGAGUAUCUCCUUUGACGCAUCGGCUGACGGAGAGUCGCAGCAGCAACCAGGGGGGUUGUUGCAUGCGUAUGCAGCAGAGUCAGCAUCAGCAGCAAGAGCAGCAGCAGCAGCAGCAGCAGCAGCAGGAGGAUGGAGAGGAGUGCAGCAACAAUAUAACAAAAGAACCUCUUGCUGUAGACUGCGGCGAAUGGGCCCCAUAUGAAGUGGGCUCACAGCUAGAUAUAAGUGUAGGCAAACUCAGCAGCGCGCAGGUACCAGCACCAGAGGAGGCCCCCCCAGCAACAGGGCGUAGGGGGCGGCGUGUUGUUCCCUUUAGGGUGAUCCCACCUGAGCUAGUUGUAGAGAAAAGGAGAGAAUUAGCUGUAAAAAGAUAUAUACAACAACUCACAUGGAGAUACUUCAUUCGUACACUCAAAGAAGAAGCUGAAGAUGAUGAUGAACAAAUUCUACCCGUUUUCAAAAAAGCGGCUGCCAGGACAACAGAUAACUAA